GAACUUAUUUCAAGAGUAACCUCAUCACAACAACACACCCUAAAAGCUUGUUUUUGCCUUCAUUCUCCUUAUCAUAGUUGACACAAGCAACCGAUAACACUAAAACUAUUUCACUACUUUACCUUUUUUUUUUUCUUCCAUUUAUCCAUCACAACUUGAUACUCACUAUCACCAACAAUUCUUCUUCAUCUUAUUUUUCUUCCUAUUUCUCAUCAAUAUUGCUCUACUUAUUUACAUUCUUUAAUUUCUCUUUAGAUAACAAAAGGGUCAUUUUUCAUUUCAUCCAUUCAAACUUUGUAAUUUUUUAGGGGGGGUGCAAAUAUUAAUAUUGUCCAAUAUUAAUUUUCUAGAUUCAAUGGAAGGCCAAAAAGCUAAACGUAGACGUGUUUAUUCAGUUGAACCAAACAAAGUAGUACAAGCAACAUUUACUAGAAACUACAUUAACUAUUUAGCACCAACUUUGAUGAAGAUCAAGGAAAAAAGUUCCAUACAAGACAAUAACUUUUGUGGUGAUAUUCAAAAUGUUAUAAAGUAUGAAGUGGACAUGGCCAUGGUUUUUUCAGCUCAAGGUUAUGCAUGGAGUAAUGCUCUAAAAUUGAAGCUUCAAAAGGGUGAUAGUGGUGAAGGUUCAUCAAAGAUUUAUCACCAAAAUGAAAUGGGCCCACUUGAAAAAAAUUGUUCAAAAAAAGAGGGUAAUACUAAGAUUUUGGUGAAAAAUAAUUUGGUUGAAGAAAAUAAUAUUGAUGAAGAUGAUGAGAUUGUGAAUAGGCAGUUGAUGUGUCUUAGAAAGUUGAUACCAGGAGGAGAAGAGAUGUGUCAAGAGCAAAUGGUGAAUGAAUUAGAGAGCUAUGUAAGUUGUUUGCAAAUGCAAGUGAAUAUUCUUAAGUGUCUCACUCAUGAGACAAGUUAGAAAUAUAAUUAAUUAAUCAUGUGUGUUUUGUUGUUUAAUCAUCAUGAGACAAGUGGAAAAAUUUUAAACCAUAAUCUAUGUGUUCAAGAUA